GUUGGAAAAAUCCACAAGAACGCUGCCCGCAAAAGAGAAUACCACGUACUGUUCAUGGUGAUCACGACCGUUAUCUGUUACCUCGUGUGUUGGAUUCCCUAUGGAGUUAUAGCAUUACUUGCAACGUUUGGUAAGCCAGGUACGGUGACUCCAGUUGCAAGCAUCAUACCUUCCAUCCUAGCAAAAAGCAGCACUGUUUGCAAUCCCAUUAUCUACAUACUUAUGAAUAAGCAGUUUUACAAAUGCUUUCGUCAGCUUUUCCACUGCCCACUUCUUUCCUCCACUGAUGGAGAGCCCACCUGCCACUCCAAGGUAACCGUCAUCCAGCUGAAUCAGAGGAUGGAGGGUGGAAAUGCGUGCAAUAACACACUGCGUCCAGAAACAGACAGUAAAAUGACUUCUCUCCUGCACCCAGAGCCAAGCCUGGAGCCAGUUUCAAAGGCUGUACCACCAACGUCUUAG